CCAUCACAUGUCCCCACAAAAACCAGCAUCAAUAUCCUUCCUUUUGGGCAUUUAUCAACACCCUUCACCAACCCUUUUUCUAAAAACAGCUUCCCAUUUCGAUUGUUUUAAGUUUCUUUUUCUGCUCUUUCUGAAAUGGAAAUGAAUUCACAGUCUCUUUCCCAUGCCAGGCUCCUUCCAAAGCCUCUAGUGACCUGCUGCACUUCCUCCCUCUCAGCCUCGGCCCCAGUCUUCCCCUCAAAAGCUUCCAUCCCUGCUCGCCGUUCACUGCUCCUGAAUUGCUCAAGCAGCUGCUCAAAGCAGCUUGUAGGAGCUAGGAUAAGAUCCAAGCACCAGCAGAGAAUUCUUGGGCCCGUACAUGCUUCUUCUGAAUCUGCAGGGCCCUCUUCAGCUGAUGUUGCUGCUGAAAGAUGGCUUCUUCAACCUGUUGGUGAUGGAGAUUCAAGACACCUAGGUUAUAAGGCUGAAAUGCCGGGUGCUUUCGAAAUUGCUUCUGAUGUGGUCACCGUCGGUCGUCUCCCAGAAAAAGCAGAUAUGGUGAUUCCAAUUGCUACAGUUUCCGGUCUUCAUGCGCGCAUCCAGAAGAAAGAAGGGAGUCUUUUGGUCACUGACUUGGAUAGCACCAAUGGGACGUUCAUUGACGACAGGAAGUUGAGACCUGGAGUUGCAGCCAAUGUAUCACCUGGGAGUUGCAUCACGUUUGGGGAUACACAUCUGGCGAUGUUCCAAGUGUCGAAACUGCAAACCACGGAUGCUUCUACCGAAGCCAAAGAACUGGAAGAGAAACCAGAGCCCGAGAACUCAGACGCUAGUGCUGAACCAGCCGCCUGAAAGUGCCAAUGUUCUUUCCUAUCAUUGUCACAGGAGAAUAAACUGGAGAAUAAACGAGGGUUUUCGUUGUGGAGAUUGAGGUGUUUCUGCGCGAUCACACGUUCUUCCUU